AUGAGGGGGAAGGGGGCGGGGCCGGCCGGCGAGGCCGGCGUCCUCGGGAGCAAAUGGGCGGCGACUGCCGCGAGCGUAUGGAUACAGUGCAUGAGUGGGUCGUCGUACUGCUUUGGCAUCUACUCCCCGCUCCUGAAGUCCUCCCAGGGAUACGAUCAGUCCACGCUCGACUCCGUCGCUGUCUUCAAGGACGUCGGCGCCAACGCUGGACUGCUCUCCGGCCUCCUCUACACCCUUUCCUCCUCGUUCCGCGGCCGUGGCGGGGUCGGCAAUAGCCGGUGCUGGGGAGGGGGGCCAUGGAUCGUCCACGCCGUGGGGGCCGCCCAGUGUUUCGCCGGCUAUUUCCCCAUGUGGCUCGCCGUCACCGGUCUUGUUCCCCGUCCUCCUGUGCCACUCAUGUGUUUCUAUAUGUUCAUCGCAGCGCAUGCGCAGACCUUCUUUAACACCGCAAAUGUUGUCACUGCCGUGCAGAACUUCCCCAGCAACAGGGGUACCGUCGUUGGAAUAAUGAAGGUAAGAGUUUCUCGUUGCUUGGACGGUUUAAGACUUGCAAAUUCUAUCGUCUGAGAUACUCCCCCUUCCAACAAUUCCUUCAUCUGUGUCACUUGUGAAUUUUUGUUGGAUGAUGUCGUUUUCUCAGUUACGAUUUCCUGAUUACUUUUCCUUUAAGUUGGUAUUUCCUAAUAUAUACCAAUUCUCAUGGUUCAUAUAAUUUUUGAGAAAUCGCGCCACAAAUGCGCUGCAUUAGUGAAAGAUACUACAUGGCUUAUUAUAAAAUUGCUGUCUGGCAUAUCAUCGGUUAUGCUACUAGUUAUAUGCGCAAAGGUAUAGAUUUGUUGCUACUAGCCUUUUUCUUCCUAUUUCUGAAGCUAUUGGGCCGUCUUUGGUUGCUGAUCAAAGGAGGGGAAGGGUCCUUCUGUGGAUAAUUGCUCCUGACUUCUACCUGCUGCGACCGAGUGCCUCUGUCUAGAAUAAUAUUACCCAUCUUAUCAAAUCAAUCUGUGGCAAUUCACAUUUCAGGGCUUUUUUUUCAAAGUCAAAGCCAUGCCCUGCACUUUUUCUUGCUCCUAUUCUGCCUUUUAGAGCCUGCUAUCUCAUUAUUGGUGCUCCAUGGAAAUAGGCUGACGUCAAAUUCUCCUUUUGUUGUUGGGCACUAUACUCACGCAUCCUUUUCAUGUGAUGCAUGUUUCAACACCUAAACAUAUGGUUAAUAUCAAAAUGUUGCUGUCUAUUCAUACUCCGAAAUUCUGAGAUCUUCAGCGGACAUCUGAUAUGUGAAAUGGCGCGGGGAGUAGGCAUAUUGACAGAAUAAAAAACUAACUAUUUUAAUUUGAUACUUUCUUAUUUUUUUCUUUAAAACAAAAAAGUUUGUAGCAUGUUCUUAUUUAUGCCACUAGAGCUGAUUUUCUGGAUCAUUAAACGUCUCUGGAAUCUCGCUCACUUGGUGCACGAAUUCUUUGAACUGGUAGUCUUUCAAUUGAGCAUCUGGAAUGUCAAUUUUCCCAGUCUCGUCAUUCAAAGUAUAUCUUGGGUUUGUCCCUGUUAUAGUUGUUUUCCUUGGACACAUUUGGACUUCGAUAGCCUUAGAUUGAAGAAUUUGACUAGUUCAGAAUGUAGAAAACAGAUAGCUUCUUUAUUUAAGAUAAGUUUAGCAUCAUAAUAUUAGACUGUCACACAUUCUAAGCUUUAUGAUCCAGUCGGUCUUUCCCCAUCUCUCAUAUUCUGUAUGUGGCAGAUCGAAUCAGUUUGGUACCUGGACUUGGCUGGGCUUGAUCUGAUCCAAAUCAAGACUUGACUAACCAAAUCUGGCAGCUCAGAGAAAAGGGGGGUAAAAUAAAUCGUCUAUACUUUAAGAAAGGUUUCGAUAGGUACCUGAUAGUUUUAAAGUGAGUCCUUAGUGUGAUGGACCACAGCUUGUUAAUCCUGAUGCCUAAUCCACCGCCGUUUUCAAGGUGAAAAGUGGUCAGGGAGAAAGAUGAGGGUGGCUAUGCUCCCUCUCUCUCCUUUUCAUAUGUUGCCGUUGAUGCUUCACUUUCUCCGUUCUUUUUCAUCGGUGUAUGCAUCUUCAUUCAACUAUGAGAGGGAAAAACCUUGGGUCAUUUAAAAAUGUGUGAUUUGGCCGUAACUAUUUCGUACCAAUUGUACCACCCAAAUUUUGCUGAAUUUUUAUUUUUUCCUUCUGUGUUUUUCGAGUUCAGAUGCUUGAUGAUUAUUUUACCUUUAAAAACUGGAUUAGGGCUUUCAGUUCUGGUCCAAAAUGGCCAAUUCAGUUUAUAAUCAGUCAUAUCUCUGUGCCAUCGCGCACAAAAGGGGAGGAGUCUAUGAAAUUUUUGCUUAAAUCGAAGCUUAUCUAUAAACUCUGAUUUCUAUCAUAAAUUAACCGAUUACAGCAUUUGGAGUAUGAAGUCGGCCAAUAUUUUUCCCGAAGUUUAUGGCUGAAACCAAUGUACAUUCUUAGCUUGCAGUACAGCGUUAUAAAGCUAUGUGCUCUGCUAGGUAUCUGCUGUGGCGCGAUAGGAGAAACUGAUAACAUUGAUUUUUUUUCUCAUUAAUUCAUUCCUCGUGGGCGGAGUUUAACAUUCCUCGUGUUACUUCCCAAUAUAUUUAUUCAUAAUAAUAGCAUUGCCAAUAUAUACCACCCACCCUCACAUUUGUUUCACGUUUUUAUGUCUUCAUGGGGUUGGUAGGGAAGAACAUGCGGUCCCUUGUCGGUUGGGACACUUUUAACAGGCGACCUUUAUCUUAAGUUGGUAGUGAGAUAUUAUUAGGAUUCCUAAGGUUUUGCGUGCUUAUUCCUUUCUCACUCCGUGGAUUCGACCUUGGGGUUUCUUUCAUGUCCAGGGUUUUCUAGGUCUCAGUGGAGCCAUUUUGAUUCAAAUCUACCGGACAAUGUACGGCGGAAGAGCGAGCAACUUCCUGUUAAUGCUCGCGCUCUUGCCCACUGUUCUUCCCAUCCUGCUCAUGUGUCUCGUGAGGGUCCACCAAGCGACAAGCGCAGAUGACAAGCAGGUACUGGAUAGCUUCUCUCUCGUAUCCCUCGUGGUCGCCGGCUACCUCAUGUUCGUGAUAAUCUGGGAGAAUAUUCAGCCGUUGACAUUGGCCGCCCGUGUGGUCGUGUUUACGGUGCUACUUCUGCUGCUGGCGUCUCCCCUGGCUGUUGUAAUCAGGAGAAAGGCGAGAGAGCCCCGCUCGCUUCAACUGGAAACGUCAUCGCAAGAGAGGACCCCUCUGAAGGGCGCCACCGCCGAAGCGCUGGAGAGAGGGUCUGAUAGAGUGGAAGAAGACGAGAAGCCCGCCGGCGAGUCCUCCUACGGGAGGCUGGCGCUGUCCAGAGGGGAGGACUUCAACAUUCUGCAGGCCCUGGGGACCCUGGACUUCUGGCUGCUCUUCCUGGCCAUGGCCUGCGGCAUGGGCUCGGGGCUGGCCACCGUGAACAACAUCAGCCAGGUGGGGAGUUCUCUCGGCUACACGGGCAUCCAGACGAACGGCUUGGUGUCUCUGUGGAGCAUAUGGAACUUCCUCGGUCGCUUCGGCGGCGGCUUCGUCUCCGACUUCUUCCUGCAGCUGAGAGGCUGCGCCAGGCCGCUGUUCAUGGCGAUCACCCUCGCCACUAUGAGCCUCGGCCACGGGGUGAUCGCCUCGGGAGUCUCCGGGUCGCUGUACGCCGGCUCGGUUCUGGUCGGCAUCUGCUACGGCUGCCAGUGGUCGCUGAUGCCCACAAUCACCUCGGAGAUCUUCGGCGUGAUGCACAUGGGGACGAUAUUCAACGUCGUCGCCGCCGCCAGCCCCCUCGGCUCCUACCUCCUCUCCGUGAGGGUGAUCGGGUAUAUAUACGACCUGGAGGCCUCCGGCGAGAAGACCUGCGUGGGCACUCGCUGCUUCGGCCUGUCCUUCCUCAUAAUGGCCUGUUUUGCGGCCCUCGGGGCCGCUGCUUCCCUGGUCUUGUUCUUCCGGACCAGGAGGUUUUACAGGCAGGUCGUCUUCGAGGGCCUCCGGCGGGCCUCGGCGGCAUAG